AUGGCGGAACAGGGGUUAGAGAUGCUUCUGCAAAGCCUCCGUACCUACGAGCUUCGUCUUCUUCGUUGUUCAAUCUCACAUGAUCCGCCCCUUGCUAGUUCUCAAAUCUCAAUCACUCCCCAUCCCCUACAAACCUCUAUAGAAUCCUUACUCCAAUCAAUUGAAUCAGGGCACUACUCCAAAGCCUUGACAUCCAAAUCGGCGGAUUUUCUCCUCAAUCUCGACCAGGUAUCGUCUUCCUACUCGGAUUCAAUCACAGAUUCUGUCAGCUCCUUCUUAAUUUCUGAAAAUAGUGAAACGAGCACCGAAGAAAGGGCAUUUCUCGUAGUUGCCGUGGCUGUCUCGGCUUUUUUAGCUUUCGUACAGGCUAAAGUUACCGGUCCUCCGGAGAUACUGCCUCCGUUGUUCACUAAUAUAGCUAAAGAGGAGAUAGAAGUUUGGGCGCGCAAUGAGGUAAUGUCAACUGGCUCUGAUUUGUUGGGAAAGUUUUUCAAUUUAGAAUACAUAGUUUUCGCCAAGCUACUGUUGUCAACAAUUAGAGCUCAUUUCGGAAACGAAAACAGUACAAUCUUUCCAACGAUUUCAUGGUGGUUAGCUAGGGUAUUAUUGAUUCAACAGAAACUCCUCGAUGGCCACUCCUCAGUUCUCUUUCAAAAAUUGCAAGAUUUAAUUCCUGAAACUUUAGCUCAUUUGGGUGAUCUAAUGAAAGUAUCAAGGUAUUGGCCAGGGAUUGAAGAAGGGAGUUUGAGUGAUAUUGUAUCUAUGCUUCACUUAGAAUUUGGGAUCAUUGAUUUCAGAUAUGGACGUGUUGAUUCUUCAAAGUUGCAUUUUGAAUCUUCUGAAAAAGCAUCUGGACUUUCACUUUCUGUUAGUGGUUCUUUAGGUUUCCGAACUGUACAUCAGGUGGAUCCAAAAGCACAGCUUCGACUCAUUACCAAUCACUCAAGCUCUACAAAUGGUCAUUCUGACAAAUCUUCUCAGCAUGAUCCUCAGCUUCAUGAAGCAUCUGAUGUGUUCUUGACUCCUAAAUUCCUAGAAUCCAACAAUGAAGGUAGUCUAAAACCAGUCCAACAAGCACUGAUUUUAGCACAAUGUCUUCUAAUUGAGAAAAACACUCCACACGAUGAAAUGCAAAGGUGGGACAUGGCUCCAUACAUAGAAGCAAUCGAUUCCCAAUCAUCUUCAUUGUUCAUCAUCAGAUCUUUCUGUGACUUGUUACGUAUAAGAUGGGAAAGAACCCGUAGCCGAACCAAAGAACGUGCCAUUUUAAUGAUGGAUAAAGUCGUCCAAGGAAUUUACGAUUCUACCCCUGGAGUUGCAGUUGCAGAAAGGAUGUGUUUCUGUUUCAGUGUCGACUUUCCCACUAUUCCUUCUCUUCGUAAAGAAUAUGCAGAUCUUUUAGUCUCUUGUGGGUUAAUAGGAGAAGCUGUGAAGACAUAUGAAGAUCUUGAACUUUGGGAUAAUGUCAUCUUUUGUUAUCGUUUACUACAAAAGAAAUCCGCUUCUGUAGAACUAAUAAACACCCGUCUUUUACAACACCCAAAUGACCCAAGAUUAUGGUGUUCAUUAGGCGAUGUCACAGACCAAGAUUCAUGCUAUUACAAAGCCUUGGAAGUUUCAGAAAACAAAUCCGUAAGGGCAAAACGGUCACUUGCACGAAGCGCAUACAACAGAGGGGAAUAUGAAAAAUCAAAACUUUUAUGGGAAUCCGCAAUGAAGUUAAAUUCUUUAUAUCCGGAUGGAUGGUUUGCUUUAGGAGCAGCUGCUUUAAAAGCUAGAGAUCUUGAAAAAGCUUUAGAUGGAUUUUCACGUGCUGUUCAACUCGAUCCAGAUAAUGGAGAAGCAUGGAAUAACAUCGCGUGUUUACAUAUGACAAAAAAGAGGAGUAAAGAGGCGAUGGUUGCGUUUAAGGAGGCUUUGAAGUACAAACGUGACAGCUGGCAAAUGUGGGAGAAUUAUAGCCAGGUGGCGGUUGAUAGUGGGAAUUUUUGUCUAGCUUUGGAAGCUGUAGAGAAGGUGUUGAGUUUGAGCAAGUAUAAGAGAGUUGAUGUUGAGUUGUUGGAGAGGGUAAUGGUGGAAAUUGAAAGGGUAGAAGUGGAAAGAAGUCGGGAAAGUGAGAUGAUUGGGGAGAUUUUGAAGGGUGUUGUGAAAAAUGGUGGUGGUGGUGGGGGUGUUUGGGGGUUGUUUGGGAGGUGGUAUAAGUUGAAAGGUGAUCUUGCGAUGUGUUGUGAAGCUUUGUUGAAGGAAGUUAGGGCGUAUCAGGGAUCAGAAGUUUGGAAGGAGAAAGAACGAUUUGUGAAGUUUUCAAGGGCAUCUUUGGAAUUAUGUAAAGUUUAUGUUGAGAUAGGUGGGCGGAGGGAAUUGUGUGCAGGUGAGAUGCACCUUAAGAGCACGAUCAAACAGGCGGCUUUGAAGUUUUCAGAAACCCAAGAAUUUAAACAACUCCAAGCUUUUCUUGAUAAAUUGCAAGCCAUGUUACAGAGUACUUCUGGUUGA